GGGGCGGGAUAAGGAGACGCCGGUGCACGGACAUUGGAACCGUUUGCCUAGACAGUCCUAGGCCGGGGGGACGUUUGCCUGCGGGAGAUGAGCGGGUCUUUAGGCCGAGCAUCUGCAGCUCUGCUCCACUGGGGCCGCGGAGUUCUCCUGCGGAGCCCGGCACUACGGACUCGGAGUUCGGGCCCCGGGGGGCCGGAUUCGGGGUCCACGGAACAUCUUGAUGGUCUCGUGAAGAAAGACAAAGUGGUGGUGUUCCUGAAAGGGACCCCGGAGCAACCCCAGUGCGGCUUCAGCAACGCCGUAGUGCAGAUCCUGCGGCUGCACGGCGUCUCCAACUACGCGGCCUACAACGUGCUGGAGGAUCCCGCCCUCCGUCAAGGCAUUAAAGACUAUUCCAACUGGCCAACUAUACCUCAAGUGUACCUUAAUGGUGAAUUUGUUGGUGGUUGUGACAUCCUCCUCCAGAUGCAUCAGAAUGGAGAUCUAGUGGAAGAACUGAAAAAGUUGGGAAUUCGCUCAGCACUUUUAGAUGCAAAGAAAGAUCAAGACUCAAAAUAAAAAGUCUGCAAGAAUCCUCUUUAAGAAGAGUGCUGUGACUGGAAAUGAAAUCUUUUUAGUGUCAAAGACUGGUUACCAGAACAGCCUUACUGAUUUUUGUUAUCAUUUUUUUUUAUUAGAAUAGAAAGGCAACUCUUUGUACUGACACUAAACAGUAUUGAAGUGAUUUUAGUUUCUGUCUGCUGUUUUAGGCUAAGGAUAUUCUAUUGUGAAUUUAAUUAUAACUAUUGUACUGUAAUAAUUGAAUAUUAUGUUUUGACAUAGAUGUAAAAAAAUCAUUCUUUUAUUAUAUUAUACUCUGCCUAAUGCAAGAGUAAACCAAAAGAUUUUGAGUCAUCCUAGUCAGUUAUAAUUAUUGUUGAUUUUAAUGUAUGUGUUACUAUAAAAUCCAGAGGAAAUAUUAUAUAUAGUCUGUUUAAGGAAAAUGAUGAACAAGGUAAACAAUGAUGGCUGUUGGGUUUUUUAGAAAAUAAGAGAAACUGCUAACAUAUGUAAAAGGUCCCUUUUGGUGAAGCUUUCACAACUUUUUAUUUGUUGUAUAUCAUACUUUGAUUUAAUAGAGUAAAUGGACCAUUCAUAAUAUCCACAUUGAACGGGCUGAAAGUAUUUUUAUUGUCCAUAACUUUUAAUGUUUUAAUUGAUAUUUAAGGUUCAUAAAACACGUUAUAUAUUUUAUCUUGUUUGUUACAUAACAUUUUGAAAUUUAUGUACUACAGUUAUCAUUAGGUCCAUAUUACGGGUGAAGAAACAGACUCAGGAAUUGUGACUUGCCUAUGUUCACACAGCUAGUAAGUGUCAUAGGUUGGAUUCAGAUCCAGGUCAUUACUGAUUCUAUAUCCAGUGUUAUUUUCACUAAACUGGAAUAAAGCAAAAUCUCAUAA